AUGUCAAUUGUUGCACAAUUCGACUACGAUGUAAUAGUUAUUGGUGGAGGAUCUGCCGGUUUAGCGUGUGCCAAGGAAGCUAAUGAAUUGGGAGCCAAAGUGCUGUGUAUCGAUUAUGUGAAACCUACACCCAGAAGCAGCAGCUGGGGUAUUGGCGGUACAUGUGUCAACGUGGGAUGUAUACCUAAAAAGUUAAUGCACGAGGCAGCUCUACUAGGUGAAGCCAUACAUGAUGCCACUAAGUAUGGCUGGAAAAUACCAAACGAAGAAAAUAUCACAAUAAAUUGGACCAAUAUAAUAACGGAAAUACAAAAUCAAAUAAAAUCUACAAACUGGGUGAUCAGAGUUGAAUUGCGUACCAAAAAUAUUAAAUAUAUCAAUGGAGCGGCAUCAUUUAUAGACGAUCAUACAGUCAGAGUGAAAAUGAAGGAUGAUUCAGAAGUACAACAUUCGGGCCGCUAUAUUGUUAUAGCAAUUGGUUUACGACCUAUGUAUCCAAAUAUACCGGGUGCUCGAGAGUAUGGAAUUACCAGUGAUGAUUUGUUUAGCUGGCCUAAAGCACCCGGUAAAACUUUAAUUGUGGGAGCUGGUUAUAUAAGCAUGGAAUGUGCUGGAUUUUUGCGUUUAUUUGGUUUUGAUGUAACCAUUAUGGUGAGAGAAAAAGUUCUAAGAAAUUUUGAUCAACAAAUGGCCAAUAUUAUAGCUGAAUCAUUGAAAGAAAGGGGUAUACAAUUGUUGAUACCUUAUAAGCCCCUAUCUGUGGAACAACUUGAAAAUGGCCGUCUAUUGGUUAAAUAUAUGAAUGUGAAAUUUUCCAGUGAGCAAACCGAAGUGUUUGAUACUGUCAUUUGGGCAACUGGUCGCAAGGGUGAUUUAAAAGAGCUUAAUAUUGAGGUCAUCAAUUUGAAAGUAGACGAUAAGUUGAUAGUGGUAAAUGAUGAAGAAUGUACAAAUGUUGAAAAUAUCUAUGCAGUGGGAGAUAUUACCAAAGGGCGUCCUCAGUUGACUCCGGUGGCUAUAAUGGCUGGUCGUCUCUUGGCACAAAGGCUAUUUUCCCACAGUAAACAAAAACUUAACUACGAAAAUGUGGCCUCUGCUUUGUUUACUCCCUUGGAAUAUGCAUUUGUUGGCAAGUCAGAAGAAGCAGCUAUACGAGAGUAUGGUGAGCAAAAUAUUGAAGUUUAUCACAGCUAUUACAAUCCUUUGGAGUACUCAUUACCCGAAAAGAUUGUUGAAUACUGCUAUAUUAAAGUAAUUGCCCAACGUGAGGAUGAACAAAGGAUUUUGGGCAUACAUUUCGUAGGACCAAAUGCUGGCAAUGUUAUUCAAGGUUAUUCAGUGGCUCUGAAUUGUGGCUUAAAUAUAGAGACUUUGUUUAAUACGGUGGGUGUAAAUAUUACCAAUGCCCAGGAGAUAACACGCACGUAUAUAACUAAACGUUCUGGCUUAGAUCCUUCUUCGUUAGUAAAUUUUGUUUGA